AUGGAGGCUCUGUUCGGUGGCGGCAAUAUCACAGCCGUCAAACCAAAAGCCCAAUGUGGAGGAUGCGACUGUUCGUGGAGGCUCCGUUCUGUUCGGUGGAGGCUCUGCUUCAGCAUCUCCGUCUCAAAAGCCCACGUCGAUGGCCUCUCCUACCUAUUUCCAUCUCCGGCAAUGAAAUCCUCAAGUUAUUCUGGUGGAUCUGAGGAAUCGGGAUCCUUAUGGCACGACAGGGCAGAGGAAUUGAGCUCCUCUUUUAGAUGUACAUCUUUAAGCGAGAUUAGGUACAUCAAAGCCCGAUUUUGGUGUUUCACGGCACAACAACUAGUACAAUUGGAUCGAGUUCUGAAACUCGCCCAUGAGAAUUAG